AGCAUCGCCAUAGCAACUGCCGCUGCUGCUCCCUAGAUAAGGGCAGUGCUGGAGCACUCCAUGCGAGCAGAGAAGACAAUUCCUGCUCCAGUGAACACUGACUCCAUAUCACACCUAUCCCAGAUUCCCUGCUUGGUUCUAAAGAAAAGCCUCCUCAGUGAUGUCAACUGAAUAUGUCCAAGCAUCACAUGAUAUCUCAGAAGACAGAUUGGAUGGGCGAGAUACUCUCUGUAACCACUUAGAUAACCUUUCUGAACAGUUGCUCAAAAGCUGUGAACUCAAAAAGAUACCAAGGAAGGGCAAAGCUCUCCAGGUCUCUCAGAAAAGCGAGCUUGAACAGAAAAAACCAAAGAGAAAAGAUACACCAGCAAUUCAUACGCCUCCACCUAUAGUCGGCAUUCUUUCAGACCACUUAAUUAGGAGGUGUGACUUCUCUGAGAAACCUCCCAAGGGUAAUGGCAGCCCAGCCCUUCAGAAAAUGGAAGAAGAACAGAGAAAACCCAGAAGGAAAAACACGCCAGCAAUCAAUACACCCCCUCUACUUGCAGGUAUUAAACUACUUAAAGAAGAUCAGCAGACUGUGAUUGUUGAAGAUGAAGAAAAGGAGGGAGAAACUUCAGCUUUUUAGAUUCUUGUCAUAUUCUCAUGUGUGUGUUUUGUAAAUAAUUUUGUGCAAUUAAGUAGUAUUAGUAUUUUUCCAGGGUUUUUUUUAAAUCAGAAAUAUAACCCAUGCUGCCUUCAGACAUGCUUGCUCAGACAUGUUCAAUUAAAUAUA